AUGUGCUUUGUAUUAUCAACAUUUCUCCUCUGUGAAUACUCGAAACUAGAACCGCUGCCUCGUUUUGGUGAUAUGUCCCGCCUGCAUAUCAGUCUACGUGUAACCGAUUUGAAAUGGUUAACAACCUUUCUUGAGAGCUUCCCAAACUUGAAAUCCCUCGUCUUGGUAUGCGAUGAUGAUUACGAGAAGAUGAAUGAAACAAGUUUUUCAACUGUGCCUGAGUGUUUGCCACUAUCUCUCGAGUUUGUUGAUUUCGAAAUCCCAAUUUCGGGACAUGUCGGAGAGAUGAAGCUCGUGAGAGAAUUCGGCAGUCCUCAAGAAACUCACUCUAACUUUGGAGGAACAUUCAACGUGAGAAAAGCUUACUCUCAAGGAACUCCUCAGAAUCCCAAGAGUCUCUACCAAAUGUGA